AAAAUUCAGGAGUGAGCAGGAAGUGAAGAGUGGAGGAAGUGAAUCCAGAAAUUUUUUCUAGAAAUAAUGAAAGAAAGAAAACUAUAAAAAUAUACAAGCUCUCAAACUACAAGAGAACAUACAGGCCAUCGUCUAGUCCCUUCAUUUUACAGAGGAGGCGAUUGAGGUCCAGACAGGUUAACCAAUACCUUUAUUCAACCUGGUUAGCAACAGAGCUCAGACAGAAAACCAGUAAAAAUAGAACGUUAACUCAGGAGGGAUGGGGAUCAGAGAAGAGUCCAUUUAAUUCUUCAAUUUUCAUUUAAGACCUGGCUACCUUCCUCUCUGGUGCCCUGAGCCCAGGGUCUUGAAAGUAUUUUCAGUAUAUCUGAAAGAAAGGUUAUAUUAUCCAUAGAAAACCAUAUAUAUGAUACCUCACUUGCUGGGAGGGAAGAUGCAGUGUUGUUGGUUAAUCAAGAGAAAGAGAAAUUUGUCUAUCGUACUUUUUUAUUCUUAUAGGAAUUUUAUACUUCUGAAGCUUGGAGACAGGAAGACUUACUCAUGCUAAAUUUGAAAUGCAUCACUAUAAUAACCUUGAUAAUACUCCUCCCUGUCUCAUUUUGGAGAUAACAUAUAACCCCAAGGUAACUAUCCACCUACAGAAAUGGACACAGUAGGGUAAAGACAUUCAUUAAAAAAAACAAAAAACACCCAAUUAUGAAUAAUUCAUGAUGAGCUGGCAAGCACCGUUUUGCUCUGGGUAGCAAGGUUCAUCAAGAAACACCCCGAUAACGUGUAUAUAAAGACAAACUGAACCCUUUGAGCAGGGCAUUCACCGUCAGAGCUUCUUUCGGGGCACAAGCGCUCCAGUCUGGACAGCAUGUCUGUGCGCUUUUCUUCGGCAUCCAGGCGCCUGGGCUCCUGCGCGGGCGUGGGCUCUGUGCGGCUGUCUAGCGCGGGAGCUGGCUUCGGGGCUGCAAACGCAUGCGGUGUGCCUGGCAUUGGAAGCGGCUUCUCUUGCACCUUUGGGGGCAACUCAUCUGCAGGAGGCUAUGGCGCAGGGCUGGGCGGGGGCAAUGCUUCCUGUGCUGCCUUCAUUGGGAAUGAACACGGCCUCCUCUCGGGCAAUGAGAAAGUGACCAUGCAGAACCUCAACGACCGCCUGGCCUCCUACCUGGAGAAUGUGCGAGCCCUAGAGGAGGCCAAUGCGGACUUGGAGCAGAAGAUCAAAGGGUGGUAUGAGAAAUUUGGGCCUGGCUCUUGCCGCGGCCUUGAUCAUGAUUACAGCAGGUACUUCCCAAUAAUUGAUGACCUUAAGAACCAGAUAAUUUCUGCAACUACAAGUAAUGCCAGUGUUGUCCUGCAAAAUGAUAACGCAAGACUAACAGCUGAUGACUUUAAGCUAAAAUUUGAAAAUGAGCAGGCCCUUCACCAGAGCGUGGACGCAGACGUCAGCAGCCUGCGCAGGGUCCUGGAUGAGCUGACCCUGUGCAGAACCGACCUAGAGAUCCAGUUGGAGAACCUGAGCGAGGAGCUGGCGUACCUCAAAAAGAAUCAUGAGGAGGAGAUGAAGGCCCUGCAGUGCGCGGCCGGCGGCAAUGUGAGCGUGGAGAUGAACGCGGCGCCCGGGGUGGACCUCACGGUGCUGCUCAACAACAUGCGGGCCGAGUACGAGGACCUGGCCGAGCAGAACCGCCGGGACGCCGAGGCCUGGUUCAACGAGAAGAGCGCCUCGCUGCAGCAGCAGAUCUCUGACGAUGCUGGCGCCACCACCUCGGCUCGGAAUGAACUGACUGAGAUGAAACGCACUCUACAAACCCUGGAGAUUGAGCUUCAGUCCCUCUUAGCAAUGAAACACUCCCUGGAGUGCUCCCUGUCCGAGACCGAAGGCAACUACUGCGCACAGCUUGCCCAGAUCCAGGCUCAGAUCGGGGCCCUGGAGGAGCAGCUGCACCAGGUCAGAACCGAGACCGAGGGCCAGAAGCUGGAAUACGAGCAGCUCCUGGACAUCAAGGUCCACCUGGAAAAAGAAAUCGAGACCUACUGCCGCCUGAUAGAUGGAGAGGAUGGCUCUUGUGUGAAAUCAAAGGGCUACAAAGGAUCAGGAAAUCCAGUAAAAGAUUCAUCUAAAGGCACCGUGGUUAAAACAAUUGUUGAAGAAAUAGAUCCUCGUGGCAAAGUUCUCUCAUCCAGAGUUCACACCAUGGAAGAGAAAUCCACCAAAGUCAACAACGUGAAGAGUGAACAGAGGGUGCCUUCCUGAGCCCCAAAAGAAUGGCCUUAAAGUAAAAUAUCAAAUUGAAGCUACAUCUUAUUUUUCUGCUUUUCUUCUAGUGAAUUAAGACAAACUAUUUUUAGAAUAGUAAUCUUUCUUUGGUUUUCUCUAUGGUGGUGUUUCAAUAAAAGUUUUUCCUGUUGCAAGUCAUUUUCACUGGUUCUGGUCAAUCUUUGCAUUGUAAACAUAACCCCUAAUUGGAACUGAAUUUUGUUUUUAAUUUCUUCUGUUUAAUUCAAUGGCUUUCACAAGUUAGGAGUAAAUUUAACAGGUAAACUAGUUGGAGCCUUUUUCACAUUUCUGUAAAAUUUUAAAUUCUAUAAAUACUUAUUAAGCACACACUAAGUGCUGGUAAUGAGAAUGAAACAGUUAACAAAAAUCUAAUCCCUCAGUGCAACAUGCUUAUAGAAGUGGAAAUAAGGAACUGCCAAAUCAGAAAUAUCCUAAAAAUGAAGAAAACGAUGUGAGGUAGGAGGGGAAAGAGAGAGAUGUGAAGACUAGAUAAGGCAAGUGGUCAAUUCCACAAUGUUAGGCCACAAAACAAGUCUUAACAAAUUUAAGAAGGCUGAUACCAUAACAAGUAUCUUUUUUGACCACAAUAGUAUGAAACUAGAAAUCAAUAAUAGGAGGAAAAUUGGAAAAUUCAGAAAUACAUAGAAAUUUACCAGCACAUUCCUGAGCAACUAACGGGUCAAAGAAAUCAAAAGGGAAAUAGAAAAAUACAUUGAG